GGACAACAAGCUUUCCUGCUUUUUCAACUCCCAAGUGGUUUCUUAAUUUUGAAUGAACUAGUGGAAUAAAUGGAGAAGAAUAUAUUCUCUCACUGAACCUGCGGAAGAGGCCACUGUUGUCAGAAGCUGGUUUAGCACUUUAAACUCCGGUUCCAGAGUGUCAAGAUGGCGAGCGUGCUGUCCAGGCGCCUGGGGAAGCGCUCCCUGCUGGGCGCCCGUGUUUCCACGCCCAGCUCCUUGGCAGACAGGAUGCUGGGGACGGCCCAGAUCCCCACGUUGCAGGCAGAGCUCAGCAGAGUGUCUUCCCACCUGGCUUCGUAUGAGGGUGGUCGGUGCACGGAGCAGGCAGAGGAGAGCAGCACGAAUCCCAGCUUCCCAAACCUGAACCGCUUACAGCUCCACCCAGGACAAAGAGUUUACGUCACCUAUAACGGGCAGGAGUGCACUGGCCUGGUAGAGCAACACAGUCAGCUGAGUGAUGAGGUGAAGGUGCUGCUCCUUGAGCAGGGACUGCACACCUGCUGGAAGACAGAGGAUGUGAGACUGGCUCAGAUGCAAAGAUCGCCGCCCCCUACCCUUCCGAUGGACCAUAGUCCUGCCACUGCGAUGGACCAUAGUCCUGCCAAUGGAUCAGUUCAGAGAUCGGUUUCUAGGAAUAUCGAUGUACCUAAAAGGAAGUCCGAUGCUGCUGUGGAAAUGGACGAGAUGAUGGCAGCUAUGGUGCUGACUAGCUUGUCCUGCAGCCCUGUGGUGCAGAGCCCGCCCAGCCGUGAAAGCAGCAUGCCGGCAUCCCAGGCAGCCUGCGACGCCUGGAAGGAGAGCGGCGACGUUUCAGACAGUGGCAGCAGCACCACCAGUGGUCACUGGAGUGGCGGAAGCGACAUCUCCACCCCGUCACCCCCGCAUCCCGAAGCCAGCCCCAAGUACUCGAGCGAGGCCUUGAGCUCCCCGCAGGCCGACGAUGGCUUUGAGACAGACUCGGAUCCCUUUCUUCUCGAUGAGCCUGCCCCAAGAAAGAGAAAGAACUCGGUGAAGGUGAUGUACAAGUGCCUGUGGCCAAACUGUGGUAAAGUACUGCGAUCCAUUGUCGGUAUCAAGCGUCACAUCAAGACCCAGCACCUUGGAGAUGGCGCAGACUCUGACCAGCGGAGGAGGGAGGAAGACUUCUACUACACCGAAGUGCAGGUGAAAGAAGAAGCUGCUCCAGAGUCUGCCACCAGCCCCACCUUUGGGUCCUCACCCAUUGUCAUCCAGCAGGCCCUAGCCAAGCCAGAGGCUUUGGCUUUGGACCAGGCAACCUUGGAGUCUCACCUCCCAAACAGUGCCCUCAGUCAGUCUGCCCCCAGCUCCUUCUGGCACAUCCAGGCAGAUCAUGCCUAUCAGGCCUUACCGUCAAUUCAGAUUCCGGUGUCACCACACAUAUUCACCAGCAUCAGCUGGGCUGCUGCCACCUCCACCAUCCCUUCUCUCUCCCCGGUUCGAAGCAGAUCACUGAGCUUCAGUGAACACCAACAGCCGACAUCAAUGCUGAAGUCACACCUGAUCGUCGCGUCUCCUCCCAAGGCUCCCAGUGGCACCAGAAAAGUCCGUGGCGAAGCCAAGAAAUGCCGUAAAGUAUAUGGAAUUGAGCACCGAGACCAGUGGUGCACGGCCUGCCGGUGGAAAAAGGCCUGCCAGCGAUUCCUGGACUGAGCACAUGAACAUUUCAGGAGUAUUGAAUUUCUCUCUCUCUCAGCCGAGAGCUCCCAAAGUUGGUCAUUGCUGCAACCAGGGCACAGCAAACUUGGAGGUAUCUAUCUCCUGUGGCUUCAGCAGAGAUCUCAAGAGCUGUGUGUAAAUUCCAAGUUCUGUAUAUUGUAUGUCAGCUGGAUUUAUUAAUUUUUUACACUUUCUGUGGGUUUUUUACAAACGUAAAAAAAAAAAAAAAAGUCCUCCUAUUUUAUAGUAAAAAUAGGGAGGGAAAGAAAGAAAGCUGGUUGCUUGGUGUUCACAGCAGACUUGUUAUUUGGUGAUCCAGGGACCAAAGAACUCUUUACUGAUCUCCCAGCUCAACAGUACAGUCUACUGAACUUUCAGGUCAGUAGCUGGGAUAAGGAGGUGAGGAUCAUCUCUCUCUCUGUUACGUGACUGGCUAGAAAGCUCAAAGUCUGCUGUAGUUUAAAGGGCACUGUCAGAAUAACAAUCAUAGCUUAAAAAAGGAAAAUGAUGUUCAUGUUUUACUAGUAACACCUUAAAUUAUUGGAAUGGGAGGAAUUUAAAGUUCUUUCCUUUGCUUUUUACCAAUGAUACUGUGUUUACUUUUUACACCUCUCAGCUCUGACAUUUAAAGCUGGACUUGCUAUGUCUCUGGUCAGUUUCACUUCCUGGUAUUUAUGUGUUCUGAUACAGCUGCAUCAGCAAUGUUGAAAUCUUAAAAUAAACAUCUACAUAUAUUUUUAUCUUUUAAUUAAAAACAAAUUUUUUUAAAACAAAACUAAUUUUUUUGUUAGAUUCAUGAAAACAAUGUAUUUCUUUGAAAAACCUAUUUUUUGGGUCUCACAGUGUCUCUUUAACCUACAGGGAAUGAGUUUUUAUUUUGAAACCUGAUGUAGCUUUCUGCGAAGUUGGCAGGAUCAAUAUUGUUAACCCAAGAGGACUAGAAAGGGUGGACACACAAAAAUUUAGGCCCCAAUUCAGCAAAAUGCUUACAUACAUUUUUACAUUAUGUUGCAAUCAGUGGGACUAAAGUACAUGCUGAAUGAGUUGGGAUUACUUGCACGCUUAAAGAUAAGCACGUGCUUAUGUCAUUUGCUGAAUCAGUGUCAUAGAUACGUAUGUUAUGAAAUCCUGAAUUGUGAAAGAUGUCUGAACCCAGCUUUCUGGCUUUCAUUUUUUAAAAAUUCAUAUUCUUUUUACAUGAUUCAAAUGUUUCUGAUUUGAUCUGUCAUUGUGUACAGUUUACUGUCCUCUGGGGUAGAAUUUAUCCCUGUUUGCCUGAUUCUCACUUAUAGCAGUGUAACUUCAGUGGAGUUACUCCUGACUUGCACAGGUUUAAAUAAGAGAAGAAUCAAGCCCAAGGAGUCUUUCUGGAAUUGCGGGGGGAGCUGGAGGGAAAGAUCAAAGGUUCCAGAGGCCCCUCUGAUUUUGGAGAAGAGCACCAUUUAAUCCACCACCAGCAGUCAGGUCCAGUUUUUAUUGUUUUUGGUCUUUGCACUCAUGGCUGAUCAGCCACAUGUAGGAAGUGCCCAAUCUACUGUCUGAGCUGUGAAAAGCCACUUGGCAGCAAGUGCAGUCCAGCCACAAUACCAGCACACACAUUGCAGCUGCUGUGAGGAGCAGCAUCCCAUGGCACAAUAAGCUGUCCUGUGGAAGCUUGGCCCUGCAUGGACAGGACCCUGGCGACCAGGUUGCUAAUGUCAGUGUCUCUGUCCAUCUCACUGUGUGGCCUUGGAGCACAAAGGCAAAGAAUUUUGUUCUAUACGUCCCCAUUUUGUGUUUUGGGGCGUCAGUGGUGUUUCCAUCAUUGAACUCAGUACAGUAUGCGAUGGUAGCAGUGCAGGUUGACUGGGACACUGCCCCCAGAGGGUGCCAUUUUGAUCGUGUUGAACUCAACGGGUGUCACAGAAGUGCUCUGUCACAGUCACUAAGGAGUCCUGGUUUCUCUUAACAGGGCAAGGAAUGCCCCGUCACUAAAGCCAUUCAAAUGCUACACUCUGUUGUGCAGAGAAUCCUGGCGCUGUGAAGUCUGUUCUGUUUGUAAAUACAAAAUGGCAGCUACACACGAGCCAUGUGGUCCAUGUUGUGCAUAACUCGGCUGCAGUCAGAGUUGAGGGUUUUGUAUUAAUGGGAGUGGGUGGGAAGGGGAUCAUUGGACUUUUUGCUGCGUUUUUGAUAAUCGUAGGCCAUAAACUGCAGAGCUCAACCCAUGGGCAAGGCAGAAACAAGCCUGGUGUAUUUUUAAGGACCAUAGGAUUGACUACACUUCCUUUGUAAAAACAAUUCAUGUGACCAGGAGGGUGUUAUUUCCUCCUGGAUCAACGUGAGCCUGGUUGAUAAAGGGGCAGGUGGUGCAGUCAAAGGGGUUAUAUAUGGGGGUGCUUGUUGGUAUUUUUUUGUAAUUUUAUACAUAUAUACAGUAUAUUGUUUUAGAACCCAGUCUUCUGCUCGCUGUUAAAUUGGUGGUUGCCAAAUUGGCCUAUGGGAAGCAGGAACAAAGUGAGUGUGUCUCCCUAUUUGUUUGUUUUUUUUACUUAGUCCACUGAUUCUGAGCCAAUGGAAUCAUCUAGGUCUGAUUCAGUAGGGUCAGGUUCUCUAGCUGGGUCCAUGUGGGUCUGAUGCAAAGUCCAUUGAAAACAAUGGGAGUCUUUCAGUUGACUUCAGUGACUGCGGUUCAGAUACUUUAUGAAGGAAGGAGUUCGUAAGAGGCCCUCUCUUACACUUUAGUCCCUCCACUGUGACUCUUACUCUGAUGACCACCAUAAAGAGCUAGCAGUUUGAGAUCCACUGUCUUAGUCUGAUGUGAGAAAUGUGGAUUAUGAAAGCAGACAAGUUGCUGAACUGUUCUAUAUAGGUGACCUUUAAAGGAAUACUGCAGUGGUUUGUCAUACCAGGUGUUGUUAUUAAAUAUAACAAUAUUAAUAUAAUAAUUAUUAAUAUAAUAUAACAGGGCUUAAUAUUUUACUAACUACUGGAAAAGAAUGAAAUUUCAAAAGAGAUUUCAGACAUUGUGGUUGCUCGCCUAAAAAGUACCAUUCAGAGAAAGGGGUUGAUGAUAGUCAGUUGGGGCUGCCAUUUUCAUGGUGAAGAAUUGUGCUUCACAGCAGCCAGGGUACUACUUGAACCCCUCACAGGACAUAGGUGAAAAUUGGGCCAUUCUAAAAUAACACUAUUUACUUUUAAAUGUUUCUGUUUCAAAAACAAUGUAAAAGCCCACAAACCUUUAAAACAGUCUAAUUUCCAGCUGUUUUUACUUUUACUUGACUUGAAUUGGCUGAAUCCUAACCUGCCAAUGCACCUUUCUGUUUAUUAAUAAUUCGUCUUUAUUGUAUUUCAGGCACUUGGGGCCUACUCCUUGAAGUGCUUGUUUGAGUACUCCCAGUGACCUCAGCACUGCAGUGGGACUACUCACAUGAGAAAGGAUUGCGGAAUUGCAUACAUAACUCUCAAAUGCAGUGGUUAAACUAUCUCUUGGGUUACACUGCAGUUUUCCUUUAAGGCUGGCACCUGGGCCCAUUGAUAAAAUUAUGAAAGGAAACCUCUUGUCUCCCAGUUUGAACUCUUGAUGUUGGAUGCUGCUUACUUGCAUGCAAGUGCUUCUGUGUUUUUUGCACUCGAGUUAUGGAAGGGUAAAGUAAAACUGACUAGAACCGUUGCCUGCAAUUCAAAUAGAAGUCUCUUUUGAGGCCCAAAAAGUUCAGUUUCUGAUAUUAUUAGUUGUUUUUCAUUCCCAGUUCUGGAACCAGAGAAAUGCCUCAUCUCUUAUUCCUGGCUCUGCUGUUUAAGGUUUUCAUCCCUCAUUAUUAUAGUAUCUGAGCACCUCAUAAUCUUUAAUGUAUUUUUCCUCACAACACCUCUGUGAGGUAGAGUAGUGCUCGGGUUCCUAUUUUAUAGGUAAGGAAUUGAGACACAGAGAGCCAGGUUUCUAAAUGUGUUAGAUGCCUGUUAUGGGGCUCACCAUCCCAGAGCGCUCCCUUGUGGCGUUGUUGCCUCUCACCAUCCUGGAGUGCCCUCUUGUGGUGGUGUCAUCUCUCUCAUGUCGUGGGGUACUUGGCCCUCUGGCUGCCUCCCUCUAGAGUCCCACCCCUUUUGGGACAUGUGUCCUUAAUGUCCUUCAUCAGUAUUAAAACAACCAAAGUGAACCAAAAAGUCUUCUGCCCCACCUGGGGUCUUCAGUUCCAGUCUCUUCACCGAGUGACAGCAAGUGAAACAGUAACAGCAACUCACUUCCAGCCCUAUGAGUUUGAGAUUUCAGUCUCUCUCUUCCAGUUCCCUUUAGUCCUCUGACCUAUUGUCAUGAUACUGACCUGUAGGGCCCCAAGUCCCCUUCCCGCCACCCCCCCCCCCCGGGGGGGGGGGGGAGGGGGCAUGACUAUAGUUAAUUGUGACUUCUGCAGUUUAUUCCGCUUUUCCCCCUGUCACAAAUUUGGUCACCUCAGCAGAUGCUAUGAUCAACCUUCUUGAUCCCCAGAUGUUCCAAUCUUGAGAUCCCUACGCAUACUUUUGGAGCACAGAUCCUCUAACACUCCCUCGGGAGAGCUGUGACCUCGCCAUCCACUACCCAGCGCCUGGAACCAAUGCUGAGACACCAUAGACUCCCCUUGUAGCUUAAAGAUCCCCUCUUCCAAAACCACACCAAAAAUAUGAGCCUUCUGGGUUACCAUUCAACCCUCUCAGGGGACACAUAAAAGUUGUGACACAUAAUAGACACUUUGCCCAGAGUUCUAGAACGCUGUUGCUCUUUACUGAAUCAUACAAGAAAUACACAGGUCCAUACAAAAAUAAUAAAACCUAUGCUCAUUUCUCAGUUUCUUCACCAGGGCAUUCUUUGGGCUGGGGUCAGAGCCUCUGAGGCCAACCAGGUCCUUCUGCUGUGGACCCUUACGUUCUGAAACAUGGAGUCUUCUUCCCAGCUCAGUUACUAGUACUUUCACCUUGGCUGAUCCAUGUCUUUCCUUCUUUCUUCCCAAACAUCCUGUGUCUCUCAAUCUUCUCCUGACCCACCCAACCUCUGUGUUUUUUAAAGGCUAGCAUUAACACCUAGGUAUCUUUGUUCUGCUUGGUAACUUUCCGCUCUCCACUUCUUGUUCCUUCCUUCAGAGAGGUAGAGUAAAACUGUUUGGGUUUAUUCCCCCCACUUGCCUUCCCCCCGCCCCAGGCCUAAACUCACCCACUGUUCCAAGGUGUUAUCGCUUAAUAAGUUCUAAGGACCUUCUGUUGUAUCUGGUCUACUAAGAGGAUGUGAUACAGCUCUGCUUAGCCCAUAGUGGAUACGCAUAGCUGGAGGAGCAUUUGUGAUACAGCAUUUUUCAUGGCAACCACUUCAUAGUAACUUUGUAGUAUCAACCAGAAGUUGCAAGUUGUACAGAUACGGGGUGUGACAACUUGAGGGAUCUAUAUCAAGGUCCUUCUUCAGACUCUCCACCCCGGAGAGGGUUCCACCCUGCAUUUCCUCUAAGUUCCUCUCCUCCCUACCUGACCAUGCCCUCUCCAGGUGUAACCAGUAGGGUCACUCAAGCUGUCCAGCUGUUCAUUAAAACCUUCUUUGCUGAACUUCUCCGAUCAGCCUCAGCCCAGGGCAGUUAGCCCAGGUGCAGACCAGCUCCCCCUUAAAGGGGCCCAGGCACCCCAUGACACCAUCUAAUUCCCAUUGAUUUCACUGGGAGUUAGGCACUUGCAUACAUCUGAUCCAGGGAGACUAAGGGCCAGAUUUCUAAAGAUCCAGAUAUAGGCACCUACUGGGAUUUUUCAGAAGCCCCUAACUCAUGGGAGGGUUUGUGGUGGAGCAAGGAAUUGAACCCCCAAGUCUUUUGAGUUACAGCCUAGCACCCUAAUCAUUGGACCCAUUGUGUCUUUCAGGAAGUGGAGAGGUCCAGAAAUCUUCUUAGAGAGCCUAUUUUAUGACACUUUUAGUACAAUUUGCAGACUUCAAAUGAAGCCAUCUUAGCAGUUUACUGAUUGUAGUCUCAUCUCUCUCUCCAGCCGUGAGAUUGGAGGAACAGGACACAAACUCACCCUGACCACCCUUCCCUCUCUUUCUCUGGGACUCUUGGGGCCCUUCUCUUGCUUAGGACCCUGCAAUUCAUAAGGUCAAUCUGGGUCACUCAGGAAAUUAAAAUAUGCAUCCAGACGCACGGGUGCUGAUCAAACCAAUCCUAUGAGCCUCUUUAAGGUUCACCCCUCAGUAACUGGCCUUGAACAAUCCAGAGUCCUCAACCCAAACAUUUGUAUGUGUUAUAUAUAUGUUUAUUUCAAGGAUAAUUUUUUUGCUGACAGAAGAUUGGGUUUUGAAAAAAAUAACAUUUUGCUUUUGUUAAAUGUGAUUUUUUUUAAAAAGUGUAAAUGACUUUGGAAUAAGCAGUCACCUAUAGAAGCAUGUGGUAUACCGUAUACCCUCGCUAAGCUGCACAAACUCUUAGGCCAGAGAGGAAUGCAGAAUCUGUCUGCUAUUGCCUGGUAUCACAGGCGUGUGUGGGAUGGGAGGAAGGUAGGCAGAAGAGAAGUAUUACACCACUAACACACACUAAAUACUGUCCACUGGCUUUUUUUCCCUAUCUUGCAGCACCUUUGUUUGUACACAUAGCCAUCUUGCAAUGCCUGAUUCCAAAAUGAAGAGCACUUACUUAAUCAUAAUAAAGAAAAAAACAUCUUACAUAGGAAUAUUUUGUAUCAGUGUUUUUUAAAAGAUUUGAAAGGGGAUGGGGGAUUCUUACACUUUAUUUUGAGGGCUUUUGCGGUACAGAUUUAAUUGGACAAAAUAGUUCUUAACAAUAUGGUGGUUGUUUUAUAUGUGGGUGUUUUUUUUUUGUUGGAACAGCUGGUGCACGUAUUUUUUAAUUUUAUUUUUUACACUUUUUUUGUUGGCAGAAAUGACACAGCAAGAUUUAAAAAAAAUUUUUUUUUUCCUUCUUUGCUUUUCUCCGCCUAAUUUUCUAACUUGCUUCCAACCACACUUGGUAGACUCUAGUUUUCCUUCUGUCACUCUUGCAUAGACUCCAUACUUAAGAGCUUUUCUAAUCUUAAGCAAGUCCCCCUCAACCUCCAAACAUUAGGUAGCCGUGACCUGUGAAUUCAGCUAAGAAACACCUCCCAUAUGCACCUGUUUGGUCUGAUUGUCUCUUUGUGCAUGUAUAUGUAUGUACAUAGGAACCUUUCUGCUAGGCAUUAACUGGAGUGUGUCCAGCCUACACGUUGUGACCCUUCAUUGUUGAUGGGAGAUUGGACCCCUAAAAGAAGCAAAGCAGUUGUGUUGUGUGAAGUUCAGCACCUGGUGACCCCCCCCCCACUCUGUCACUCUACACCCCCAUUGGAUUAAAGAAAUGGGAAGUCUUCAGGUAGAUACACAAAGCUAGGGUAGGGUGUAACUUGUUUUUUUGUGGAGUUAUGGGAUAUGAGAAAGUGUGGAAAGGAUGGGACAUUUGUUGCCAAUAGCUGCUCUUUGGCAUGCUAUUCAGCUUAACGGGGAUAUGCCGUAUCAGUGAAUUUCUGUCUCAUUGGAGCUUUUUUCAGCUGUCUUCCAAGUAUUAUUUUUUAUUGUAAUAAAAUAAAAAUGUGAAAUGUAAUUUUUACAGCAGCAAUAUAAAAUAUAUUUUAUAAGAAAUAAAAUGAAAAGUUGCCUGAUA